AUGGCACCUAGGCUGUCCAAACUCCGUCGAAAGGAGCUCGAAAGCGUAAUCCUGACUAAACUCAAGGGUGAUGAGACAAUAAGUGAUGAAGAAAUCGCUCGAGAAGUCAUUGGCUGUAGCACUCAGUCCGUAUGCAAUGCACGCUCCAACAUCCUCCGACACGGCACGAUCGACGCCCCGUCCAAACCUGUCGGCCGGCCUAGAGAAAUUACCGAGAACAUGGGUCUUGCGUUGCAGGGAAAGUUACAAGAGUAUCCAAGCAUGAGCCAGCGAGCGCAAAUUUUUAUACGAGGCGUACGGCGUUCGUGUGUCUAG